AUGUUCCGCACCGAAUCCGAGUUCUGGACGGUUAUCCUGGAAAGGCUAGAUGACUUCGUGCCUUUCCAUCUGCUGAACGACUCCAACAAGGAAGAAGCUUUGAAUGAGGUUCCAGCUUUGUCCAGUGCUGCGGCAAAGUCUGCACGUUUCAAGCAGCACCGCCGACUUACGCUGGCUGAGGAACAGAGUGGAGUUUAUUUUAAGCAGGUGCAACAUGUUCGACGAGGCUUCCUGGCCAGCACCAACCUGGAGCACCUGCGUAACCUGAACAUUGAUGAGCCAGUGUACCUGGUCAGGAAGACGAGCAUCAUUUGCACACUGGGCCCAGCUUCCAGGUCCGUCGAAAUGAUCGUCAACCUGAUCUUGAACGGAAUGAGCAUCGCACGUCUGAACUUUUCCCACGGUAGUCACGAAUAUCAUGCUGAAACCAUACAGAACAUUCGUGCGGCCUUGAGUUGCUUCAAUGAACCGAAAGUUUUGGCGAUCGCGCUGGACACCCGAGGUCCCGAAAUAAGAACCGGCGUGUUGGAAGGGGGUGCCUCAGCCGAAGUUCAGUUGGAAAAAGGCGAUAAAAUCAAAGUGGUCGUUGAUGAAAAGUACAAAGACUCUUGUUCGGCGUCGUUGCUGUUCAUCGAUUAUCACGGAAUCAUCCAGCGACUGAAGAAAAACUCUCGUAUUUUCAUCGACGACGGUCUCAUUUCGUUGCUUGUCGAGGAAGUCGGUGAGUGA